AUGUCCGCACCAGCCAAUUGCCACCGGGAAGAGGAAGCUUGGCUCACCACGCUAAGUUGGGACGCAGCCAUAGUGGCCCGCCUACUGGACACUACUGUGCUGGCCUGGAUGGCAGUUGAUAACCCCCGCAAUGCGUUCCCUCGACGAGGUCACCACCACUCGACAGCCGCCCGACCCUCUGAUUGGCUCUGGAUAGACAAGACCCUUGUUCGCAGGACAGGGUUGGUUCCCACGUCCUCGAGCAGCCUCUGCGAGGAUGCAGGAGCCGGUUGGGUUGCCAAUGUGCCUGGCAUUGCGCUCCCCCGCGCCAUCAACGGCUGUACGUUUACGAGUCCUCGUCCUCCGACUCUGCACUUGCAUUUUCCCAAUCGGGCAAAAGUGUUUCCCAACAUCCAGUCCGCCUGGGAAUGGCAAUUAAUUCGUGCGCGCCAAAGGCCUGCCAUUGGCCGGCGGGGUUACGUGGUUAUCACCGCAGGGUUGCACUGCGGGGAGCAUGCUUCUGUCGCCAUUGUCUCCCCAACCACGAGCAAGGCCUUUGCAUUGCAGCAUCCCAGGACCGCCGUAGUACCCGGAGACACUCCGGGUGGUGCUCUAGCCAUCGGGUUACCAAGGCGCCAGGUUGAAGAGCGCAAAGUGCUCGCCGGUCCAAAAUUAGCCCUGGGGACUAGCGGUUCCUUGCCCGUGCAGGAUCAAGGCCAUCGAUCCAAUCCCGAGGGCCCCCCAGUGCAGGUCGACAGGGAUGUUGGCGUCGCUGGCAUGCGAUGCUCACUCCCCUCCCACCACCACCACCACCACCACAAUUUCCCCGAUCCUGUUGGUCUCGCGCUCGGCUGUCGGCCAGAGAUCUAA